CAGAUCGGUGGAUCGAUUGCCACUGCAGGAGCCAAGCUGCUUGAAAGAGUUGAGAGGUAGCUGCUAGACGCCUUGCUUGUCUUGAAGCAGAGUGCAAAUCAACGAGAGAGAGAGAUGGGGUGGAGCACGAGUGAGAACGAGAGAUUCGAGCGCGCGCUGGCCACGUACGACCGCGACACGCCGGGGCGGUGGGAGCGCGUGGCGGCCGCGGUGGGCGGGGGCAAGACGGCAGACGACGUGAGGCGCCACUACGACCUCCUGGUGGAGGACCUUGGCGACAUCGAGUCCGGCCGCUACGGCUACCCCAGCGGCGCCACCACCAACGGCAACAGGAACAACAGCAGCAGAGGCAGAAUCAAGCGGGCCCAGACAUGAUGGGGCGCGUACGAGAUCGGCGGCGUGCGAGAGCUGCAGCUCACCCGUCACGUACGUGAGACGUGUGUAUGCUCAUGUGUAUAGGCAUUCAAGUGUGCCGUACAAGUAUGUGUGGGUUUGGGUUUUCGAGAUGCCCGUGCGUGCAUGUUGCUGCCCGGCUACGUAUGUCGUGUGAGAGGAGCACGUACGUACAGCGUGCGUACGUACGCAUGGCCUGCUUCUGCCGCCAUGGAGGGCGCGCCUCGUGUGCGGCGAUGCUCUUCCACGACGUGCUGCAGCAGCAGUGCAUGUGCAGCUUGCUCCCUUUUCCGUGUAAUGCUUUGUUGCUCCUACUAGUUAAUCUUAUUAACAAUUGUGUGACUGAAGUGUCGAUCG